UGUUGAAAAGUAACACUUCUCCGCAGAGCCAAAGGUUGAGCCCCGGGAAGGAGAGAGUGUACCUCUCGGGCACAAAAUAUGUCUUUGUAUGCGUUCUAAAGCUUGUCCCACUGCCUCUUUCUCGGUAGAAGUGGUCAAAUGAAGCGAGGAUUAUAACGUUUCAUCGUCGGCGGCAAGCUCCGGCUGUGGGCCGGUCGGUAGUAUUAACGAGUUCCGACCCGGCCAUUUCCCCCUCGGGAGGGGAGGGUAGACAGGGGAUGUCUGAGGAGGACGUCCGCCAGACACGCAGCCAGAAGAGGGCGCUGGAAAGGGAUGCUGCACCCCAGACAAUAGAAUCUUCCAGAGAUAACAAUGAAAGCAAAAAGCCUAAGCUGGACCUGUCCGAACCCACUGCCCAAGCACUCAUUAAAUCUGACCCCGAACUGGAACAGGAUGGUCAGAGUCCAACUGAGACUGGAUCAAAUGAGGAGCCGACGCAGUUACCAGCGCUAGCAGUGAAAGACGAGGCCGCCCAUGAAACGAGCUCGGACAAUCAAACUGGAUGCAAUGACAGAACCAGAAGGGCUCUGAAAGCGGAGUCGGACGUGGAUACCAAGAACCACUUACCAGUGACGGAGCCGAAGGCUUCCAGUGGCAUGUUGGCUACGGGCGAGGUGAAGGCCACCAUCAAAGUUGAGGUUCAGACUGGAGAACAGCCUGUGGACAUGAGCACUUCCAAAGGCAUCAAACGAGAGAAGCGACCUGCAUCCCCUGAGGAGGAUGAUGACAUCAUCAUCUUGUCAGACAAUGACUCCCCGAGUCCUCCGGUGAAUGGUCUGAACCACUUGAAGGAGCUGGACACGGACCUCCUCAUGAAGAGCAGCCCGGCCGAGCGCGAGCGCAUCAUUAAGCAGCUGAAAGAGGAGCUGAGGCUGGAGGAGGCCAAGCUGGUGCUGCUGAAGAAGCUCCGACAAAGCCAGUUACAGCGGGACACUCUGAAGUCCUCGGGGGUGUCCACCUCCUCCGCUCCACCUCCUCUAAUACGUGGGACCAUCGCAAGCGGCAAAAGCUCUCAACAGCUGGUGACGGGCAGGACUUCAGGCACGGUCAUCCCCCCACCUUUGGUGCGUGGAGGGCAGCAGGUGUCGUCCAAACAUGGCUCCCAGAUCAUCAUGCCGCCUCUUGUUAGAGGAGCGCAGCAGGUCCAGGCUCUCCGCCAGCAGCAGCAGCAGCAGUUGGCGUCCACCGGAGGUGGAGGCUCCGGGCCGCCUCCGUUACUGUUGGGGACCAGGACCUCGGCCCCUGCUGGCCAGGGCCAGAGAAACAUGUUGCAGACAGGCCUCAUCAGAGUAGGAACUAGUGCAAACUCACUGUCCUCGUCCACUUUGAAGGUGUCCUCCUCAGGGAGCGGCGGCGUGACUCUGGUCGGCACCAACGACAGUCCAGCCAGCCGCCAAGCCGCAGCCAAACUAGCUCUGCGGAAGCAACUAGAGAAGACCCUCUUGGAGAUCCCGCCGCCCAAGCCUCCUGCUCCCGAGUUUAGCUUCCUGCCUUCGGCGGCCAAUAAUGAGUUCAUCUACUUGGUGGGACUCGAGGAAGUGGUCCAGAACUUGCUGGAUACCAUUCACAGAGGAAAGACGGGCGUAGCUCUGCCCAAGCUGGUCGUCAGAGACCCCUUCGUGUGCACCCAGUGCCACACCGACUUCACGUGCAGGUGGAGGCAGGACAAGGCCAAAGGAGGCAUCGUCCUCUGCGAAGACUGCAUGUCGUCCAAUCAGAAAAAGGCCCUGAAAGCCGAGCACACCAACAGGCUGAAAGCCGCUUUCGUCAAAGCGCUGCAGCAAGAGCAGGAAAUCGAGCAGCGCAUCAUUCAGCAGACGUCUUCAUCCAUCUCCCACGGUAGCUCUUCAUCCUCUUCGUCGUCACUGAAGGCGGAGCAACUGGUAGCUCAGCAGCUGAAGCAGGCUCAAGCACGAUCCUCCCUGCACCGAGGGUCCAACGUCAUCCACCAUCACUCCAUCAAGAGCUCCCAGGGCCAGCUGUCCCACAGUAGCGUGGUGAGGGGUGUCCCCCACUCCUUCUCCUCCUCUUCCCAGCUGCAGAGUGCCGUGGCGGCCGCCGCUUUGGUCAGCCGUCCAGGUAAGCACGUGACCCAGCGCUCUGUCCAGAUUUCAAAGGUGAGCAGCAGUGGAGUCGGCGGCAGCAGGAAUGUGAGCGGAGGAGGUAGUGCCUCAUCCACUGCAUGGAAGAAGCAGAGCAACAGCAACAAAGGUGUGACCAUGGCCUACGUGAACCCCAGCCUGAGCGGACACAAGACCUCAGCCAGCGUGGACGCACGUCAGAGGGAGUACCUGCUGGACAUGAUACCCUCACGCUCGUCCAUCUCGCAGACUGCAAACACAUGGAAAUGAAUAACAAAACAGAAAACAUGCCAUCUAGAACCUUCUUUGUUCACAAUACGGUGAACAGCGCACCCUGGAGGAAUGUAUGGCAAUUACAAUCUGAAAGUGAAGAAACCUUCCCUUUCUUAUCUUUUUUUUUUUUGUAUGAUUUCUUAUUUUCUGUUAGUUUUAAGGUUUGCUGUCCAUCAGCAUCUGUGCAGAUAGUUUUCAUAUGAUUGGGGCAAAGAAAUAAAAAAAACAAAAACUUGGUACUUGUGUCUGGGUAAUUACGUUAAAUUACACUUGAAUGUUUUUUUUUUUUUAAAUUGUUUCAAACCUAAUCAUACCAGGCAAAAGUUGUACAAUUUUCCAUUACAUCCAUCCCUUGUAGUUAAAAGGUGGAAUUUAUUUUGUAUUUGCAAUAAGUUAUUUUUUGUUCUUUUCUUUUUGGACUGAUGUUUCUUUUUUUCCAAAUCUAUUGUGGUUGUUUCCACAAAUGAAGAGGUUUAUUUUUAGCUUUGUUUUCUUCUUUCUGUUUAACAGCAUGCUGACCUUUUAACCCCCCCAUGUUCAUUUUUGGCACCUUAGCUAGAGAAGCAUGGUGUUGUCAUCUGUAAUUACCAUUUGCUUAUUUUAUAUUGCUGUCAACAUUUGUCAUUUUAAUUUGUUUCAUCUUCAUGGUUGAAAUAGCUGGAUUUUCCAUCUUAAAAAGAGCAAAACAAAUAUUUCCACAUUGUGAACCUGGGAAGCACAAGCCAAUUCUUUCAGUCGUUUUUGUUUUAUAUCUUGUAGCUUCUCACCGCAUUGCAGAAUUUCUCCGCUUACCCAUGCUAAAUUGCAUUGUGCAAAUUAAUGUUCAUAAUUAUUUUGGUUUACUUUUUUCCUAGCCCCUAAAUAAAUAAUAAAAAAUAUACAUUUUAA